CAGGGGGGCGAGCUAAUGUAAAGAUGCAAAGAUAAUUACGGAAUGGAAUAGAGCUCGUCAAAGAGGCCUGCCAAGUAGAAACUAUAAUGAACAAAACCAAAGAUCGCCGCUGCAAAUGGUGUGGCAUAGUAUACAGCUACAAAGAGAGCUGGUAUGUCAUGUGCCAUAUAAAAGUGUGCAGAAAGCUUGUUGACACGGGAGAGGCAUCUUGCGCCUUACAAAGUGCUUGUGAUGAGGCGUCACCUUCACCACAACAUGAUAUGUCUUUUGAAGAAGUGUAUAAAAGAUUUAUUGAGAAUGAAAGGAUGAAAGACCAGAUGAUUCACUCUGUGGAAAAGGCAUUUACCUGCACGGAGUGUGGGAAAAAGUUCGAGCGGGCUGCCACUCUGAAGAAACAUAGAGAGACUCACUCUGCAGAAUACUUAUUUGAGUGUUCUAAGUGUGGGAAAAGGUUUAGGGAAAACGACACCCUAGAGAUACACAGGACAAAGCACACUCGACAAAAGAAAUUAGAGUGUUCAGAAUGUGGGAAAAAGUUUAUUUCGCAGACUCCUCUGAAGCGCCACCUGUUGGCUCACUGUGGAGUAAAACCAUUUAAGUGUUCUGGGUGUGGGAAAAAGUUUACGUCAAAGGGUUCUCUGAACUUGCACCAACAGAGUCAUUUAGAAGCGAAAAUGUUCAAGUGCUCCAUGUGUGAGGAAUGGUUUAAUCAACGUUGUCUGCUGACGAGACACCAGAGGGGUCACACUGAAGAAAACUCCUAAGACAAAACCAAUUAAGUAUUCCGACUCCGGAAAUAAAAUUUAACGAAAGUGGUGAUCUGGUGGAAAAAAAAAAACUUUUGAGCAUUCUGAGUGCAGGGAAAAGCUUGAAUGGAAGUGAUAAUAAACCAAAGAGACACCAGAUCAUUCACAAAAGAGUUGUAGAUGAUUUGUCGCAUUUGCACAUCUGACUUCGGAUGUAAACAGAAGUAUGGCAACAAAGGGAACUAUAUCUCUUUAUGUUUUCAUUGUGGAGGCCCAAACGACUCUUUAAUUCCUUUCUGAAUGAUUCAUUAUUUUUUACUGUAAAUUAUAAGAAUCAAAGAAAUUACUCCCAGAGUGUCAUUUUCUUGUUUCAAAUAUAAAGCUAU